ACUCACUCACUCACACACACCACUCACUCACACACUCACUCACACAACGUGUGAACAAAAAGUUAAACAGAAGAACAAAGGAUUUUUGCAGCUGCCAGAAAUCCGCUUCCGGCACACGCAAGUUGAGCGGACACGAUGGGUUUCAGCAGUGACCUCUGGUGCUCCCAAGGGCACAGUGUGCUGCUUCGUCUACAGGAUUCCGAACUCCGGCUGAUGGAGAUGAUGAAAAAGUGGAUGACUAACCGCAUCAAGAGCGAUAGGGAAUAUUCAGUGUUACUUCACCAGAUGUUCUCCCAGGUGGAGAAGCAGGAGAGUGGUAUUCAACCUGGGGGGCUGGAGUACAUCAGUCAGCUCAACAAGUCGUGGACAACAAUCGUCAACCAGGUGGAGGUCCUGAGCCGGAUUGUGAAGAAACACUCGGAAGACGUGAAUUCGGGGCCGAUAAACAAGCUGACUUUACUGAUCCGGGACAAGCAGCAGCUGAAAAAGAUGUACAGUGAGCAGUGGCAGUCACUGAACUUUGACUUCAUCAAGGUGACUCAGACUGAAAUGGACAAAAUUCGGUCACACUAUCGUCAGCAGGCCAAGGACACAAGUUCGGCCAAACGCAAAUAUCAAGAUGCGAGCCGAGAUAAAGAUCGAGACAAAACGAGAGACAAGUACAUAAAAACGACAAUGAAAAUGCACCAACUUCACAACCAGUAUGUUUUGGCGGUGAGAUCAGCUGAGCUCCACCACCAGUCUCACUAUCGUCAGGCAUUGCCAGGACUCCUAGACUCUCUACAGGAGCUGCAUGAGGAGAUGGUCUACAUCCUGAAAGAAAUUCUACAGGAAUACCAUGAGAUCACCAGCCUGGUGCAGGAAGAGGUGCUGAGUGUUCACAAAGAGAUAACUGAAGCCAUUGAAGCCAUUGACCCAAGAAAAGAGUACGAAAGCUUCAUUGAGCAAAACAGGUCAGUAGCUGAGGUCCCACCACUCGUGACAUUUGACACCAGCCUGUUGGAUGAAGUGGAUAACCUACAGCCAGGAGAGCUGCAGCUGAAUGAGUUGACACUGGAGUCCAUGCAACACAGCCUUACCGCGACUGACGAAGAGCUGGAGUCACUGAGGGACACGAUUGAUAGCCGACAGGCCACCAUAAGGCAGAUUUCCACAGAAAUAGCAGCAGAGGAGCGAUCGGCUGGCUGCAGAUCACGCAUCUACAUCUUCAGUAAGAAAUGUGCACUGGAGGAAAGCCGGCAGCAGAUGCAUGUGCUGCUGUGCACUAAGGGAAAGCUGGAGGCACAGAGAGUGUUGCUGGCCAGGAAACUGAAGGACCUGGGGAACAAGGAGCCACCACCUGCCAUUCAGCUGGACGAGGACGGAUACUCCAUCUCUUCCAUUGAAAAGGAGAAAGAAAGCAAGGCUCUGUCCCUGGAGACGCUGAAGAGUCACAUCUCAGGAAUUUUUAGGCCCAAAUUCACUCUGCCUCCCCUGGUGCCUAUCAUUCCCGCUGUCCAGAAGCCGCUGUGUCAGCAGGACUGGUAUCAUGGGGCCAUCCCCCGGCUGGAAACACAACAACUGCUGGUAUCCGAGGGCGACUUUCUGGUGCGGGAGAGCCAGAAUAAAGGAGAAUAUGUUCUGUCUGUCAUGUCUGCUGGCCAGUGCCGCCAUUUUAUCAUCCAGCACACGGACAAUCAGUACCGAUUCGAUGGGGAGAGUUUCCCCACUAUCCCCCUCCUCAUAGAGAGUCUCCUGAAGACUGGGCAGCCCGUCACCAAGAAAACUGGAGCCAUCCUGGUCAAACCAGUGAACAAGGACAAAUGGGCGUUGGACCAUGAUGAAGUCAUCCUAGGAGAUCGCAUCGGAAGGGGUAACUUUGGGGAGGUGUUCAGUGGCCGCAUGAAGAACGACAACACACCGGUGGCAGUGAAGAUGUGCCGCGAGAGCCUUCCCUCUGACCAGAAGAAUAAGUUCCUGAUGGAAGCCAGGAUCCUGAAACAGUACAGCCACCCAAACAUUGUGAAACUGAUCGGAGUCUGCACUCAGAAACAGCCAAUCUACAUUGUCAUGGAGCUGGUAGAAGGAGGCGAUUUUUUGACAUUUUUACGGAAUGAAGCGAAGCGGCUUCGAACCAAAGACCUGAUCAAGAUGUCAGAGCACGCGGCUGCAGGCAUGGCUUACCUGGAGAGCAAGCACUGUAUCCACAGAGACCUGGCGGCCAGGAAUUGCCUGGUGACUGAGAAGCACAUUCUGAAGAUCAGUGACUUUGGGAUGUCACGAGAGGAGGAGGAUGGAGUUUACUCAUCCACUGGAGGCAUGAAGCAGAUUCCAGUCAAGUGGACAGCACCGGAGGCCCUCAAUUACGGGAGAUUCACAACAGAGAGUGACAUCUGGAGUUACGGGAUCUUGCUGUGGGAGACCUUCAGUCUGGGCGGCACGCCGUAUCCCAUGAUGACAAAUCAGCAAACUCGAGAGGAAGUUGAACAAGGUUACCGUCUGGAUGCCCCAGAGUCCUGCCCAGAGGAGGUGCACAACAUCAUGAUGCGUUGUUGGGAUUACAACCCGAAGAAACGUCCCACCUUCAGUUCCAUUUAUCAGGAGCUCUUGGAAAUCAGGAAAAGGUGGAAAUGAACCUGGGGAUGAAGGCAUCGAUGAGAAAUUGUUCAUUCUGGAACAAAGAUAGAUAAUUAUUUGGGGAGGACAAGUUUGUAGGACUCUGGGGAGAGAGUGGGGAAGUGGGAUUGAAUUGGAUAGCUCUUUUCAAAGAGCCCGGCACAGACAGGAUGGGCUGAGUGGCCUCGUUCUGUGCUGUAUGAUUCUAUGAAAGGGUCUGGUACUCUGUCACAAAUGCAGACAUUGACAAUACUGGCAGUUAAAACUGAGUUUUAGCUUGGCAUGCUUACAUGUGUAUGUAUGCUGGGUUUUGGAUAUACUGUGUUACAUUCCCACCACCACCUCAUCUGUCCUGUGUACAUAACUGGAAACUUUGUGACCCCUGUGUCCUGCAAUCUACUGUGAAAAUAGUCCAAAGGUUUAUUAUACACUGUACCUGUAGUACUAUAAAUUUAUUCUACUGUAUUGGGGAAUAAAAUAGUGAUUUAAUUUGCA